UCUUCUUCUUGAACUUUUACAACACGUGGGCCUUGAACGAUGUGGGUUUAGUCCUCGUGCAUCGUUUGAAACAGUUUUAAAUCUCGGUAUUUAAAAACAUUUAUAUAUUAAUAGCACCCAAGAACAAAUCGCAGACUGUACCAGGAGUCGGGUUACAGUGUGCGUUAGGUGGUAGGAAUUGAAUGUGUUUGAGGUUGAAUUCAGCAAGACGCUGAGAUCUGCAGUGUGGAGCAGAAGCAUGUUGUCGGAUUUUGAUCUGAUCGGAACCAUUGCAGACGAUGUUGAUGUUCCAGAAGACGAGGAAUCAGGCUCUGAUGAUGAGGAGCAACCCAUCGUAUUGAGUAAGGAGAAGAGAGCGCUGAAAGGACGAAGCAAUGGCGACUUCAACGCAGACUUUGAGUUUGGCGAGAGAGACGGGUUGUACAGCGAGGACUGGGCCAUGGCGGACGUUAUGAGCCAACUUAAAAAGAGAAAAGCACCCACCACGCUGGAUGAGAAGAUAGAGAAAGUGCGUAAGAAGCGUAAAAUCGAGGAAAAAGUCCAGAAAGGAGGCAACAAAAGUGAUAAAUCCGUCAUCACGAAAGAGGAGGACAAAGAUGAUGAUGAUGAUGACGACGAUGACGAAAACGAUAAUGAUGCUGAACCUGAUGACGAUGAUGCUGACGAUGGAGCUGAAGUUCAGGAGGAUGAAACUGUUGAAGAUGACAACGGUGGGAGUGAUGUUGAUGACGAAGACGAGUUCGAUUCUGAGGAUGAAGUUGUUUUCAAAAAAGCAGAUACACUAAGAGAAAAGGGGAAAAAAGGAAAACGAAGGCAGCAGAAGAGGUAUCCUGAAGCCUUCUUUGAAGAUGCCUCGCAGUAUGAUGAAAAUCUAACAUUCCAGGACAUGAAUCUCUCCAGACCUUUGCUGAAGGCCAUUACCACCAUGGGUUUCAAGCAGCCCACACCUAUCCAGAAGGCGUGUGUUCCAGUGGGUUUACUGGGAAAAGAUAUCUGUGCAUGUGCUGCCACUGGAACUGGUAAGACUGCUGCAUUCAUGUUGCCUGUACUGGAGCGUCUCCUUUAUAAACCUAGAGUAACGCAGGUGACUCGUGUGCUUGUGCUCGUGCCCACCAGAGAGCUGGGUAUCCAAGUGCACUCUGUAGCACGCCAGCUGGGCCAGUUCACCAACAUCACCUUCUGCCUGGCCGUGGGCGGCUUGGACUUGAAGUCUCAAGAGGCAGCACUGAGGCUGGGUCCUGACGUCCUGAUUGCCACACCUGGCCGCUUGAUAGAUCACUUACACAACACUCCAUCUUUUGAGCUUAGUCAAAUUGAGGUGCUUAUUCUGGAUGAGGCAGACAGGAUGUUGGAUGAAUAUUUCGAAGAGCAGAUGAAGGAGAUUAUCCGAAUGUGCUCUUAUCAGAGGCAGACUAUGCUGUUCUCAGCCACCAUGAGUGAAGAGGUGAAGGAUCUGGCCUCAGUGUCACUGAAGCAGCCAGUGAAAAUCUUUGUGAACAGUAACACGGAUGUGGCACCAUACCUCAGACAAGAAUUUAUAAGGAUUCGACCAGCAAGAGAGGGAGAGAGAGAGGCUAUAGUUGCAGCACUCCUCACACGCACGUUUCAGGACCAUGUGAUGUUGUUCACCCAGACCAAGAAACAGGCCCACCGCAUGCACAUCCUCCUCGGCCUCAUGGGGUUGAAGGUCGGAGAGCUCCAUGGAAACCUGUCUCAGACACAGCGAAUAGAGAGUCUCAGGCGAUUUAAAGAUGAGCAGAUUGACAUCCUCGUAGCCACCGAUGUAGCAGCCAGAGGUCUGGAUAUUGAGGGAGUCAAAACGGUUAUAAACUUUACCAUGCCCAACACAGCGAAGCAUUAUGUGCACAGAGUGGGCCGCACAGCGAGAGCAGGAAAAGUGGGUCGUUCCGUGUCACUGGUGGGGGAAAGCGAGAGGAAGAUGCUGAAGGAGAUUGUUAAACAAGCCAGAGCUCCUGUUAAAGCUCGUGUUAUUCCUCAAGAGGUGAUUCUGAAGUUUAGAGAUCUGAUUGAGAAGUUGGAGAAGGAUAUAUAUGCUGUCAUGCGUUUGGAGAAAGAAGAGAAAGAGAUGGUGCAUUCUGAAGCACAGAUUAAUAUGGCUCAAAAGAGACUAACCCAAACAGCAGAUGAGAAACAGCCUGCAAGAUCUUGGUUCCAAACACAUGAGGAGAGAAAGAAGGAGCGAAUGAGCAAAGCGCUUCAGGACUUUGACCUGGCCCUAAGGGGAAAGAAGAAACGUGCUCAGUUCCUGAAAGAUGGCAAGAAGAAAGUGCUGACGCCUGAGGAAAGAGCUCAGUUUGAAAUGCUUAAGUCUCAGAUGUAUGCUGAGCGGGCUGCGAAACGUGACCGCAAGCCAAAGCGAGCCAGAGUUGUGCCAGAAGAGGAGCCCAAAAACACAGCCAUAAAACAAAAAGGUGGAAAACCCACUAAGAAGUCUGUGUUUGACAAGGAGCUCACGAAUGUCAGCAAGAAAGUCCUGAAGCAGUACAGAUCUGGGCCUUCCUUUGAAGACAGAAAAAGACUUGGUCUUUCUAAUAAGAAAGGAGGACGCUUUAAAUCUAAAGCAAAGUUCAGGAGAAAGUAAAGUCUCAGAUACAGUGGUUUUCUUUGUUCCUUUCAGAAUCAUCGAAGAUGUUUCCUUUAGGCGCAGCAUCAACUGGGCAGUCAAUAGGGCAAUUUGAUACUCAUUGUGUGUACCUUUAAAUAAAUGAUGGACUCUUU